UCCCUCCCCUCCACCUGACUCUCCCAGCAGGAUGGUCCAUGUCUGCUGGUGCUGGCGGUGGGGGGCACUGCCGCUGCUGCUCUUGGCUGUCACGGUGAGGGAGUCAUGGCAGGCAGAGGAGAAAACCUGCGACCUAGUAGGAGACAAGGGGAAAGAGUCGGAGAACGAGCUGGCGCUGCUCAAGAGACUGAAACCACUGUAUGACAAAAGCUUUGAGAGCACUGUCGGUCAGGGAUCAGACACAUACAGUUAUACAUUCAGGGUGUGCCGGGAAGCCAGCAACCACUCCACGGGGGCCGGCCUGGUGCAGCUCGACAAAAGCACUGGGAAGGAGACUGUGGUGGGGCGACUCAAUGAGACCCACGUCUUCAAUGGAAGCAACUGGAUCAUGCUGAUCUAUAAAGGGGGGGAUGUAUACGACAAUCACUGUGGCAAGGAGAAGCGCCGCGCGGUGAUCAUGAUCUCCUGCAAUCGGCACACCCUAGCGGCAAAUUUUAACCCUGUGUCGGAGGAGCGAGGGAAAAUCCAAGAUUGCUUUUACCUCUUUGAGAUGGACAGUAGCUUGGCCUGCUCUGCAGAGGCCUCUCAUCUCAGCGUGGGUGCCAUCCUGCUGAUCACGUUUGCGUCGUUAGUUGCUGUCUACAUCAUCGGAGGGUUCCUAUACCAGCGAUUGGUGGUGGGAGCCAAGGGCAUGGAGCAGUUUCCGCACUUGGCUUUCUGGCAGGAUUUUGGCAACCUGGUAGCAGACGGCUGCGACUUCGUGUGCCGGUCAAAGCCUCGCAAUGUGCCUGCUGCCUACCGUGGCGUGGGGGACGACCAGCUGGGGGAGGAGACGGAGGAGAGGGAUGACCACCUACUGCCCAUGUGAUCACUCUGGCUCCCCAGACCAAACAAAGCCUCAGCAUCCUCUGCUCCUGUCUCAUCUCGCCCAGACACUGCUUGCUUUCCAGUCUGCUCUCCGUUUACCUCUUCUCACUCAAAGAAUGCUUUCUCUCCGUGCCUGUCCCUCAAGGGGGCUAGUGACAGACAGGGAGACCUGGAGGGCUUUUGACAAAAAGCCACCACACUAUCUCUUGAAUAGUUUUGGUGAACAAAAGGGUAAGAUGGCAGGUUCUUCUCCCCCCACCCCGCCACGCCUUUGUUUUUAAAACAUCUUCAUAAAAUUUUUGAGACACUGGAUUUCUGUAAUUAAAAAAAAAGGCAACAUAA